AUGGUGCCGGGGGAGAGGUAUGUCCCUCUGCCGCAGCCCGGCUUCCGCUGGAACGUCCUCGACUACGGCGGCCCCAACACCAUCUCCUCUCCGCUGCGCAACAGCCGCCGCUGCGGCGAUCUGGGCGUCGCGCUGGCAAUGCCUGUCUUCAUGACGCCCUCCGAGCCGCUGGUGGCGUACAUGGACCAGCACCUCAAGGUGGUGUGCCACGUGCCGGGGCCGUACUGUGGCGGCACCGCGCUGGAGGCUGCGACGCCGCUCGCCGCGGCGCGCGAGCGACACGGCGAUUCGAGGGCGCACGUGCGACACGGCGACUCGUGCGACCGGAGGCGGGACGAGCCCGGGCCGUGGAACCCGAUCCUAGAAGCGCAAGCCAGAUCCGUGCCCACGUCCAGCUCGAGAGGGAACGCGAUGUUUGCGCUGGACGAGAAGAAGGGGAAGCUUGAACGGGUGAACUACCGGGACGUGAGCAGACUCCACUCGCCGAAGACUUCGACCGACGCCCGCCCGAAAGGCGUGCGCACCGUGCUGCUCGCGACGGACGACCACGACGGCACAGUUAUGAGGGAGGUGGAGGCGGAGAAGGAGCUCAACUUUGUCUUGCUCGACUUCCCUCGCGGCCAGUUCCAGAAGCGCGGGUGGAUGGAGUUCCGCCAGGACGUGGACGAGCACGUCCCCUUCUCCAUCCCGAGAUUACCCGAGAUUACCCGAGAUUACCCGAGAUCAGGACGUGGACGAGCACGUCCCCUUCUCCAUCGCCGCCGCCAUCGAGCUGCUCUCGCGCGCCGACAUGCUCGUCGGCAACAUGGGCUCGCACGUGUCCCGCAUCGUCUACGACAAGAUGGUCGGCGCGAGCUCGACCUCGCAGCUGCCGCCCUUCAUCUCGGUCGACGGGUACGGCCUCUGCUGCGACUUCACCGAGGAGUGCACCAAGGAGGCCAUCACGCAGCGCCGCCGCGACGCGCGAGAGUGCAUCUACUCGUACGCGCGCUGCACCGGCGGAGACCAGUGGUUCUACAGCCGGAGUUGAGAUGAGUCGGUGGCCCGCAUGCAGCUCUUUGCGACAGAAGCCUGGAGAGCAGCUCGUCUGCUGCUCACACACUCUGCACAGUUGGCACAGCCGUGACAGCGAUGGGCUCGCCCUCACUGGCCCUCAGUCACUUGUGCUGCGGCUUGUGUGAGCGACACUGCUCGGCGACUGCCGGCACACUGUGAGACCAUGGGUGUGAGGUAAAACCACGCUACCAGC